AUGCCACCGUUCGUCCCCCGCAAGCGCAUCUCCUCCGAGGACCCGCCCCCGGCCAAGCGCCAGGCCCGGCCCGAUGAAGCGCCGUUCCACCUGUCGGACUCCGAUUCAGAUUCCGACUCGUCUCUGAGCGACGCCCCGGACGGGCUUAUCAAGGCUAAAGAGGAAUCCGACGAGGAUGACAUUGAUUGGGAGGAUGCUAUCGACACAAAUACUACGAGCGCAACAACCCCCGCCACCGCAGCUCCGGAACUACGCGAUUUGGAAUUGACCUUUGAUAAGAACGAGACACACCCGGCAGACUUACUGGAUGGCAAGAAAGGGCCGAGUAAGAUUGAGCGCCAUAUACGUGUCCAGACGCAUUGCAUGCAUGUCCAGUGCUUGCUGUUCCACAAUGCGAUUCGCAAUGCCUGGAUCAACGAUUCCAAGGUCCAUGAUAUCCUACGCAAGAAGCUACCAGAAGGGAUACACAAGGAAGUAAAGAAAUGGCGCAUUGCAUCUGGGCUGGAACUUCCAGAGCCUAAACCUGAACCACCGAAGAGCAAGAAAAAGGGCAAAAAGGCCCAGAAGAACAAGGAUUGGAGCGCAGACUCGGAGCGGCUGGAACCUGGUCAGCCGGAUAUGAGUCGGGGUGAUCCGAUAAUCACGCUGAUCAAGGUCCUGGUUGCGUACUGGAGGAAGCAGUUUCGUAUUACUGCUCCAGGAUUGCGCAAGUAUGGAUACCGGCCAGUCUCGGAGCUUGAAACUGUCAUUUCUGACUUCCGCGAGGAGGAACAUGUUCCGGAGCGCCAUGGCGAGCGCAUCGCUAAUCUCGACGAGUUUCGCGCUACAGCUGAGCGCAUGCAAGGCUCGCGGGAUGUCGGUGCGCAGCUUUUCACGGCUCUUGUUCGGGCUUUAGAUAUUGAGGGCAGGCUUGUGGGUAGUCUCCAACCGCUGGGCUUUGGCUGGACCAAAAACGAGGUCUACACAUCGCCCAAAGAGCCAGAGAAGAAAGGACCGGAGAAAGAAGAAGAGCCGGAAUCGGAGCCCGACACAGGUGAAGCGGAAGAUCAGACACCAGCCAAUGACAAGACCAAACGCAAGCAAUUUGACAAGGAUUUGCCCUUCCCGGUCUAUUGGACAGAGGUUGCGUCGCCCAUAACGAACGCUAUUAUCUCGGUAGAUCCACUGGUGCUAUCAAACCCGGUGGCACCAACAGCCGACCUGCAAGCCUCAUUUGAACCGCGAGGCGCAAAAGCCGAACGGGCGAAACAAGUGAUAUGCUACGUCGUCGCUCACUCAGCAGAUGGCACGGCGAAAGAAGUCACCACACGAUACCUCCGAAAGCGCACCUGGCCAAGCAAAACCAAGGGUUUCAGAAUACCUCUAGAAAAGAUCCCCCUACCUGGCCUGCGAGGUCAAUACAUCGCCUUCGACUGGUUCGGAAUGGUAAUGCGCGGCUACCAAAGACCACGAGAGAAACGAACAGCGGUAGACGAACUCGAAGACGAACGCGAUCUCCAACGCAACCAACCAGAAAGGAAAAAAGCAGCUCCAACCCACGAUACCCUCCAAAGCCUCCGCACCUCAACAGAAUUUGUCCUGGAGCGCUUUCUCCGCCGCGAAGAAGCCCUCAAACCGGGCUCCGAACCAGUCCGCACAUUCAUCGCCGGCAAAGGUGCCCGCGCCAAAGAAGAACCAGUCUUCAGGCGCGCAGACGUGGUCAAAUGCCUCUCCGCCGAAAGCUGGCACAAAGAAGGCCGCCAGACCCUCCCAGGAGCAGUACCCCUAAAGCGCGUCCCCAUCCGGGCCGUGACCCUCCUCCGCAAACGCGAAGUCGACGAAAUGCAGCGCGAAACAGGCGAGAAACCCCUCCAGGGACUGUACGCGCGCGAUCAAACAGAGUACAUCAUCCCACCGCCCAUUGAAGAUGGGCAUAUUCCCAAGAACGAUUAUGGGAACAUUGACUGUUUCGUGCCGAGUAUGGUCCCGCGUGGUGCGGCGCAUGUGCCGUUACCGGGGACCGUGCGGAUCUGCAAGAAAUUAGGAAUUGAUUAUGCGGAGGCUGUUACAGGCUUUGAGUUUGGGUCGAAGAUGGCUGUGCCUGUUAUUCAGGGCGUUGUUAUUGCCGAGGAGAAUGAGGAGUUGCUUCGGGAUGCGUGGAGGGCUGAUGCUGCUGAGAAACGGAAGAGGGAGGAGCUUAAGGCUGAGAAGAGGAUUUUGCAAACUUGGCGGAAGUUUUUGUUUGGGUUGAGGAUUAUGGAGAGGGUUCGGGAGGAGUAUGGGGGUGGGGAUCCUGAGGCUGGGAGGGAGAGGGAUGCACAUAAUCCUUUUGUUUUGAAGAAAAGGAAGAAGGAGGAUGAGGAGGAGAAUGAGGAAGAAGGAGAGGAGGGUGAUCAUCAUGAUCAGGAGUCUGAGCAUGAUCCGAUGGAUUAUGGUGGUGGCUUUCUUCUUCCUGGCGAAGACGAUGCUGACGAUGGGUUGAUUGUGGAACAUCAUGAGCAGCAGACACGAGCUGAUCCAUCUCAGACUCAUGUUGACUUUGAUAGUGAUCGUGCGUCGGAACGAUCUUCACCACCCAUUUCUAUUCCUUCAGCUUCAGAUAACGAGGAGCAUGAUGACAACGACGACAGCGGCGAAGAUGCAGCGUCCGAAUACACACCUCGUCCCACGCGACGAACUGUGCGACGUUGA